GUCGACGACGUCCUCCCAUCACCAAGCAGCUGGUCACCAGGCCUUUCUGCUUCUUUAGUCUCUCGGAUAUCCGCUACCGACUCACCGUCGGUUCCACAACUCUCUUCUGGGACUUUUUCCUCUCCUCUCUCACCUUACGAACCGUCGUCUGUCUCCUCCGACACACCACUGCCCCUCCUGGCGACCACGACGGCAAUGCCUAUCCCUGCGACCUUGACGAGCUAUCUGCCCGUCUUGCUUGUCUCUGUCACCCAUAAUGCUGCGCCUGACGACUCGUCAUUCGUCACCCUCCCCGAAGGCCAAGUUGACUACCUCUCUCACGACUGGAAGGAGGAGGACGUCUGGCGGUCAUGGCGCAGUAUGACCCGCCAGAAGAACGCGAUCGCCAACGGAAUGCGUCUCGAAAACGCGAGUUGGCGGACGUGGUGGAAGCAGAGAAACAAGCUCAAGACGAUUAGUCCGGAGACCCUCAAUUGGUUAAAGGACUCUGACGUGACCUGGCUGUAUGGCCCUCUACACAUCGGUCACGAUUGGACAGAUUACUCGACGAAGAAGAUUCCCAAACUCGCCGCUAUCCAUCGGAAAACUAGUACUGACCACCUCCCCGGUCCUUACAAGACCAACAAGCACCUCAAGGGUCUUCCUUCACCUCCCGCACCCUUGCCCAAGAAGCCUAUACUGAAGCGUAGGAGCAUCAGUCAGCUUCUCUCUCUCCCCGCCAGUCCCUUCUUCAAUCACCUGGAGAGCGAUGAAGAAUCUGAGGAACGCGACGACGGCUCCAGCACUUCGACUCUCACACGUCCGCCACUCAUGCACACCAAGAGCGAUACGCACAUCAGCUUGCGCGGGCGCCCUUUCCGCAAGAACUCGCCACCACGCAUAAUCGCGGAGGAUGGCACUGCGCCCCCUGUCGCGCAAUUAGCGCCUGGCAGCGAGGCCUCUGGUUCUACCGGCAGCGAUCAAGACUUGAGCGGCAGUUCGAGCAUUGGCGUUGACGGCUCCCACGGGCCAGGGGGGAAGAAGAAGCACAUCAGCUUCAACACGUUCGUGGAACAGUGCAUUGCGAUUGAGAAGCCCAAGACGAAGCGCACCAACACGGGUCCUACACGCGAGGGUCGUGUCUUUGAUGCCUACGAUGAUGGGUACGACUCUGAACUCGGAUACGAAGGCGAAUACGAGGAGCCUGUCUCGUAUUACGGUCCGGGUUCGGAUUCGGACGACGAUGACGACGACGUCCUCGAGAUGCGCACGGCCUCUAGCCGUUCCCGCUCAUCCUCCUCUUCGCGAAGUUCGCCGUUUGCCACGACAUUUGGCGUUGAUACUACGGCAGCCCGGCCCCGUCCUCCCAUGGUCCGCCGCGCUUCUACCGACCGGGAACACGUCACCAUCGCUCCGAUCCCACCCACAUUAUUGAAGAGCACCGGCGUGGGUAACGAGCUGGGAACCGUCCUCGAAGGCAGAAUGCCGGAGUCGCCAAAUGAGGUCGACCUCGUGUGGGUGCCUCCGGCGAGCUACAGCCAACCGGGAACCCCGAACCUAGGCAGCAACGAGGACGUGUACCACCAUCGCGAGUCGUACUUCAGUGUCGGCACUUCUUCUCCCUAUCCUCGAUCUCCGCUCGCACGGUCCCCGGUCCCCGGAUCCUCGCCGCGUAUACCAAGCGUCGGUAUGCCGGCUGAGCACUCGAUCGGCGGGUCCUCGCUCCAACGCUCGAACUCGGGCACCUUCUAUGGCGCACAGUCGAUGGUUGAUUCCCCCAUGCAGAUUGACGACAUCGCGCAUCCUCCGGUCGGGGACGCGUACGACUACUUCGGCGGACCUGAUCUUGGCGAGGAUUUCAGCCAGACGCACUUAUCCCGGAGACGCAGUCGGACGGACGUGCGGGACGACGACGGGGAUGUUAUCAUGCGCGUUGCGGAUGGCAGUGCCUCUAGCGUUACGAUGGGACGGAGUAACAGCGGUGGCUGGCAUGCCACCUCGUCCAACGCGGGCGGGAGCAACAUGCCGGUCGUCGUGGUGAACGAGGCCAGCGGUGCAGUCGAGGAACGCCAGGAGCGGUCGCGCGAAAGCAGUCCAGCCAGGCCGGCUGUUGCUUUCAGGUUACCAGAACAGGAAGCCUCCCCUCCGACCGCGCAUGGAUCAUUACCCUCCACCCCCGCUGUGCCUGUGCCUCGCGUGAACUCUGCACACUCCCAGCUCGUCUCGUCGUCAAUAUCCAGCACACACUCAAUACCGUCGUCCGCGCCGGGCUCCGCCCCUUGCGAUCCGGCGCUCUUGUCUGCGGACGGCGCGCCGUCGCGCGGCCGCACACCCCAUUCCCCGAGUGUGAGCGGGAGCACGACGACAGGCUCGUCGUCCUACUCGCACUCGACCGACUCGCGCAGCGCGUCCAGUUCUCGCGGGCGUUCGUCAACGCGCACGUCGUCGUUCUCGGACCACGAGCGCUCCGGCAGCCGCAGCAGGAGUCGUGGGACGAGCUCGCCCAUGGGCAGCAUCUCGCCAACUGGCAGCGCGAUUGGUAUCGGCAGUGCUUACGCAGGCACUCGGUGUCGCGAUCGUGGCGUCGUCGUCGAGCAGCGGAGCAGCAGAAGACGUGGUGGCGAAGAGGAGCGCGGGCGCGAGCGCACCGGUAGGCGGUUAGGCGACAGCUUGAGCCCGCCGAACGCGGUGGGCUCGCCGUCGCGCGGCAGCGACAGCGGCGAUGGCGCGUACCAGCCAUACUCCCCGGUCUUGUCGGACAUCCCGGAGAAGUCGAUGCGGAUACCGUCGCCGCCGUCGUCCGUGUCCGGGUCGUCGACCGAGACGGCGAGCGUGUCGACUGUGGGCCCGAGCCAGGCUCAGCAGGAAGCACGUGAGGCGUUAGCGCGUCCGAGCCGUUCAGCUGAUCCCGCUGCGAAGCUCCCGACGGUCGCGGUGGCGAUCCCGUCACCCAUUCCCGAAGAGGAGGAAGAGGAGCGGAGAUCAAGACAGCCUACGCCGGCGAACUCGCCUGUAGCUGCCUUCCGGAUGCAGGUGCCCCCGGCGCAGAAGGCCGAACCCGUACCGUCCCCCGUCUUCGCAUCUCACGAGCCUCCUUCGUCUUCCACUGCGACCUCGCCGAGCACCGGCAAGUCGCCGGAGACCUCACCUAGUCCUCCCUCCCCGUCUGAGGAGUCGCCGAAGUCCCCUGAUAGCUCGAAUGCUCUGAGGCAUCCGACGCGCGCCCAGCGGGUGUCUUUUGACGGCAUGCAGGAGCAGGCUGGGACGCUGGUGAACCGCGCAGCCGAGAUUGUGCAAUCGGCGCGUGGUUUCCUCGGGUCAAUAUGGAACUAGAGCAAGCUCAACGAACGUGCGCUCGCCUCCCCGACACAUCCUACUCCGUUACCCCUCUAAACCUGCCAUCACGCAUCGCAUAAUCCGCCUUGCUGCCUGCAAUUGCAUCCCCAUCCAUGACGACUGUCCCAACACAUCAUGAUCUCGUUCCGUCACUCAAGUUAUUAUUCGAAUAUGCGUAUGGCAGCUGUUUAUCGCCCCGCUCUCGUCUCCGGGCAACUAUAUCUUCUUCUAUGCUUACUUACCCGGCGUCCUGCUCUUAAUUCCCGCCGCGCGCGACCCAUUGCACUGCGACCGGCGCUGUCUCACGUGUUCACAUUCCCCCGGCUCCCCUUGUCUCCCUCCCUCUGCACAUCAUGCACUUGCAACCCGACGCCGUGGUGGCGUCACACCCCACACGUGUAUCCCCGUCCUCGCGCAGCCGCAUCGCAUCCUGUUGUUUUCUUGGACCUUCUCCCGCCCCAUUUCCCCUCUUCCCUCUCCGCGCUCACGCCCCCCCUUCCUCUCCUCUCCUUGGUUUGGUCUGGUCAAGUGCCGUGUCGUGUAUCCGUACU